AUGAACUCCUUUGUCGCCGGCAUCAUUUCGGCCGACGUAAUCCUCCUGCGCAACGGGCCCUCCCUCCGCCAGGCGAGGGUCGCGCCGCGGGGAACAGCUGUGCGCCGCGCUACCUGCAUCCACGCUUUUGCACCUUAUUAUAGCACCAAGUGGCAUAUCACUGCCGAUUGGUCGGAUUAUGUUAUAGCACCAAUUGGCACAGAGGCCAGUGUGAGCCCGGCUACGGCAGAGUCUGAGCUUACUCCAGGUGAUUCGGGAUCAUGGUCGGCGAGCUGGGGCGAGACGAGGCGCGUGUGGGCGGCCCGAGGGUCCACAGUGGUGCUGCAGUGUCGGUUGGGCGGGGCCAGGAGCCAGGGCAGCGGGCAGGGCAGCGGAUUGCCCCGCGAAGACUGGAUUAACGUCACUUGGCGUCGAAACAACGUCUCCGUCGAUGACCGGCGCCAUAUUGUCACGGAGGCGGGACACCUCAACAUUACCAAGGUGGCCAAGCGACGGACAGGCUUGACCGACGAGGGAGAGUAUCGUUGCUUGGUGUCCACCCCGAUGGGCGUGAUCACAGGCCCGCCCAUCACCCUCCGUGUCGCCACAAUGACCAAAAGCUUAGUGUUGAAGCCUUCCAAUGUGAGUGUGGUGGAAGGAGAGUCUGUCAGGCUCACGUGCCAAAUCGACUCUGAGCCCCCGGCAACAUUUACGUGGACCCUCGACCAACAAUCUCUACCUCAAGAUGACAG